GCACUCCGGCGACAUGGCGGAGCGUGUUUCGGUGACACAGCUGGGAAUGUUUUCCCGCUGGUACCUGUACGCCCUCCACGGGUACUUGUGCGAGGUGCUGUUCACGGCGGCCUGGAAUUUCAGCCAGCAGGGCAGCUGGAAGCUGCAGGGCAACACCAGCGUCUGGGCACUCUUUAUCUACGGCACCUGCAUCCUCAUCCUGGAGGGGAUGUACUGCCGGCUGCGCAAUCGGUGCCCCCUGCUGGUCCGCUGCCUCAUCUACACCGCCUGGAUCUUCGCGUGGGAGUUCAGCACUGGCGUGGUCCUGAGCAUGUUCAACGCCUGUCCCUGGGACUACUCGGGAUUCAGGGGCAGCUACAAGGGCCUGAUCACACUGGAGUAUGCAGCCCCCUGGUUCUUUGCCUCCCUCAUCGCAGAGCUUGUGAUAAAAAACACCCUGCGUCUGAGAAUGGACCAUCCGAGCAGCAGCAGUGCCACGAAGAACGCAUGAGCUGCACUUCAGACUGGAAAACAAGCAUGCUGCGGCUGAAACGCAGGGUUCAGGAAUAAAGAGCAAACAUCAUGAUUCACCCAAAGCACCGUCACUCAGGACUCAAGCUUUUACUGAUCACUGUAUGAAUGGCAUUUUAUGAUUGCAAUAAUAAUAAUAAUAAUAAUAAUAAUAAUAAUAAUAACAAAUUGGGAAUUACUUUUUUUCAGCUUUUACUCUGGAAUGUUCGCCAGCAGAAAGAUUUUUUCCGCAGUGUAUCCAGUUCAUGCUCCCUCCUGCAACAAUGCUGUUGCUCUGACUGAGAAGAGUGGCAUAUCGGGUGAAAAAGAAAACCAGCAUUGUUGCAGGAGGGAGUGCGAUCUGGAUACACCGCGAUCCGAAGAUGACUUUUCGUUUUCUCCUGCCGAACGCUCGAGGAAAUGUUGAUUAAUGUUGGGUCAGUUGAUCUGUGAUGCACGUGUGAUUGAAAAUUCCAAAAGGGUUUAAAAAUAUAACACUGCGAUAUGAAUGAUUCAGGAAAGGAAGAGAAUGCACUUCUUGUAAACUUUGCAGGGAGUUCUGUAACACUUUAAGAACCCUGCUCUGGGGGUACAUACAUAACAGAUUUCCUUUAGGUACAAAAUGAGAUACAUUGCCCCAAAACUCAGAUUUUUCCAUCACAGCAUCAGAAUAAUUGGUCUCCAGCUAUAGCUCACACUCUUUGUGAGCUUCUUAUGACAUUUUAAAAAUCAGUGUUUAAAUGUUCUCCGGACUAUUACCCACUUCUAGUUUGGAGACUGAACGGAAAUACCCCCUCCUCCAAAAAAGUAACAAGAUCAGACACAGCAGCCAAUUCUGCGUAGACUGACCGUAUCAUUUUCCAGUGA